AUGAGCUGGAACGUCGCCGGCUCCAAGGUGGCCGCAAACCUGGCGAGGCAGGCUGCCGUCGAAGUGCCUCAUCAUCAUGUCUCAGCCCACAGGCAUUCGUUGCCCCGACACCUCUUCCUCCGACAGCGUAGCUCCAAGCCCCUCGGCACAUUCCAGAAGCUCGCCCUUUCCACGUCGUCAACUCCAAGGGCUAGCACCAAUGCAAAGGCAAAGGCAUCUCGCAACGCUCACGAUGCCGUCGAAGUCGAGUCAAAGGCUGCUCCAUCCGUCAGGGUGACUGACAGCAGGAGUCAAGCACCCUCCGCCAGCAACGCUGCUGAGGGCUCUUCACGCAUCCCCCCGGCCGAUACUGUGCUCGAAGUCGACGAGAAAAGCCAAUCUGCAAAGCAGACCACACCAGCUUCAUCCGAUGCUCCUGCUUCUUCUUCAGCUUCAACGUCGGGCGCGGAACAGAAGACAUCUCCACCGCCGCAACAGCAGCAGACCUCCACCGAGAACAAGCAGCAAGACGGCCAGUCCAGUCAGCAGACUCAGCAGACGCAGAGUACCGCCUCAGCAAGCACCGGCCCCGUGACGGCAGAGGAUCUGCUCAAGCAGCGCUUCUUCCACGCCCAGGAGCAGAACAAGAGAGUCUAUUCCGGUCUUACAUCGCCUCCCAAUCCAGCCGCCAACCUUUACCCCUCCUUCACCACGCCCUCGUCCGAUCAGAGCAUCAUUCCGCCGGGUUCAGCUUCCGGCCCAUCUGCUGGUCCAUCAAGCACGUCCUCUUCAUCGACAUCUUCCGAUCCGUCCCAGCAGACAGGCAGUUCGUCUAGCACUGUCUCGGAUGCCUCGGCAGCCGCGCAGACGACCGCGACCACACCCAAUAAUACCAGCAGCGACGUCGAAAUCGACCCAAGGUUCCAGCGACCAGCUUCAUCGCAGUCAUUGCAAAGUCUUCAGAUGCCAUUCGACACGCAUGGCUUCGUCAAACGGCUCGAGGCGGGCGGUUGGAUCUCCACCACCGCCAAGAUGCAACGCGCUGCAGCCAACGCAAAGACGACAAGAGGUAAGCAGUCGCAGACUGAGCCCGGUGCUCAAGCGCUUCAAUUGCAGAUUGCUCGUCGACACGAUCCAGCAGAGGCCAUCAUGGAAGGCGUCCGACAUCUCAUCACCACGCGAGGCCGACAGCUUGCCCACGCCUGCCUCAACAAGAGCGACGUCGAGAAUCAAGCCUACCUCUUCAAAGCAGCCUUGUCCGAGAUCCGCACCGAGGUACAAGUGCGCGGCCGUAACGACGCGGCCGGCUUGCGCAGCAUCACCACCCUGCUUCAGCGCGAAGUGGACACGCUCGAGCAAAAGAUGAAGGAGGACGUCGAACGUCUCAAGCACGACAUCCAGGUCGACAUGAGCAAUCGCAAGGCCGAAUCUAAGGAGGAGCAGAACAAUCUCGAGCAAGAGAUUCAGGACCUCAACAAUCGCUUCACCAUCAGCCUCUCGGAUCUCAAGACCGAGAUCGAGCAGAACGUCAAGUGGGACGCAACACGACGAAGUCUUUUCCUCGUCUUUGGUAUCGCUGCUAUCGUUGCCGCCAACCUCGCUAUCGCAGACUAUCUCACCAGAGACGACGAAGCUGCCAAAGCGGCCGCCAGCAAAGAGCCUGUCAAUGCGGGGAUCCCUCCAGCAUCAGCAUCGCUCGGAUGGGCCACCGAGGGCCGCAUCCUUUCCGUGUUACCGAUCGUGCUGCUCAGGCCCAACAGCCGCCUAGCCGCGGCGAGCCGUCAGGUCUGCCGCGAAUUGCGUCGGCAGUUUGCAACUCAGAUGCCCGCCGUUGCUCGUGCCGGACUUUACACUGCCUCUGAUCGAGCUGCACGACAGCAUGCGCGAGGCCAUAACGGCCGCGCAGCACCGACUGGCUUCGCUACACCUCGGCGUCCCUUCAGCUCCACGACGACCCUUUCCAAGAGCCAGACCUCGGAGCUUCGAGUUCCGGACUCUGACAUUGUCGUUCGUGUGCUUUUUGACGGCAUCUCGAUCGAAUCGCCGCAGCUGGAUUUGCAACCCUUCCGAUUCGACUACGUUUGGCUCCGUGAUGCGUGCCAAGCGCCAGAUUCAGUUCAUUCUAGCAACCUUCAGAAACUCUUCCACACCAGCGAUGUACCACUCGAUAUCGCCCUUGAUGCCGAGCAUCCACCGACGCUGAUCACGACCACAGACGAGCCAGCACUCAGGCUCACCUUUGCGAAGGAGCACGCCGUUGUGAACGCGUUCACUGCCACCUUUGGUGAGGUCGAGCCAGCCGACACGCCGCACGUCUCGGACUUUCCGAUCUCCUUCCUCCUUCGUCACGCCAUCGACACACUCUACGCCGACACGCACAUGGAUAUCAUGGCCGUUCCUGAAAGCUGGGCUGCCAAGGAUCUGACGCACUUCAAAACGGAGCCAUGGUCACCUGAUGCGCCUCUAUCCUCCGAUGCUGUGGAGAUUGGAUGCGCUGCUCGACCAGCACGCAUUCCUUGGGAUGUCAUUCGACCUAUCGAUGCUGGCGAUGAGACGGAACGAACCAAGGCACACUAUGCUCUCACCGAAGCAGUCCUGCGUGACGGGUUCGCAUUUGUGACCCGCCUGCCCACGGACACGACCGGAACCGAGGAAGGUCCCGAGUCAGCACGCCUUCGAGACCUGGCAAACAUCAUGGGCGAGCUGCGCAACACAUUGUACGGCAUCCUUUGGGACGUUCGUUCGAAAGCAGGCGCACGCAACAUUGCUUACACUAACCUCGACCUCGGCCUUCACAUGGAUCUGCUCUACUUCCAGAACCCUCCUCGCUUCCAGUUCCUCCACAUGCUCAGGAACAAGGUCCGCGGGGGUGCCAGCAUCUUUGUCGACAGCUUCAAGGUUGCCGAGCGUAUGUGGCAAGAGGAUCGACAACUGUGGGAGGCCCUCACCAAGGUGCCUGUCGGCUUCCACUACGUCAACGAUGGCAAACACUACAGGUUCACUCACCCCACCUUUGAGCUUGCACACGACACCGAGGGUCACGCAGGAGGUCCGUUGACCGGCUCCACCAUGCCAAGGCUGAGCGCAGUCAACUACUCGCCCCCUUUCCAAUCGCCACUCCCGCUGCAUCCGACCAAGCAUCUCGAGACCCCAGAGCAGCGACAGACGUUCUACCGCGCGCUGCAACGCUUCUCAGAUCUGACGCUGGCCGAAGAGUUCAGGUACGAAAAGCAGAUGGAGGAAGGUGAAUGCGUCAUCUUCGACAACAGACGCGUGCUGCACUCGAGGAAGGGAUUCGAGUGGGAUGAGAGCAAGCCGGGUGAGAUCAAACGUUGGCUCAAGGGGGCUUACGUGGACGGCGAUGCCAUUUGGAGCACAUACAGGACGCUGCGAACCAAGGUUCACGGACGAGCUCCGCUCACCGCUUCGAGCAUCGGACGUCGCUCGUUCAGCACUUUUACAACCGCCAAUGCCGUCGCAGCUGCCAGUCGAAAAAGCUCGGUCGCGGCUGCACCAGUUGUGCGCGAAGCUGAACUGGACGUUUCGUCCUUCGCGCCGCUGUCUGACGAUCCGACCGUUGUCGAUCUUCGCUCUGUCGGCAGCCUUCGAUCGCGCGAGUCUUCCACCACAUUCUCCGCAUACCGACCCGUGCCGCCGCUCUCCACCGCAACGCUGCCGAAGAUCUACAAGCAGCUCACCAAGUCUCAGCUCACCUUUCUCGUCGUCCUCACCGGUAUGGCAGGCUACGCCAUCUGCCCCGCCUCCCUCACGGUGGGUGUCGCCGUCGCCUCCCCCGUCACCACGCUUCUCGCCCUCACCGCCGGCAUGGUGCUUUGCUCGGCAGCAGCCAAUGCACUCAACCAGCUCGUCGAGUCGCCCUACGACGCCCAGAUGCAACGCACACGUGCACGACCACUCCCAUCCCGCGCCGUCACACCCUUGCACGCAUUCACGUUUGCUUCCGCAUCAGCAGCCUCGGGCGUCGGACUGCUCCUGACCAUGGUCAAUCCGCUCACCGCCCUCCUAGGCGCAGCGAACAUCGUCCUCUACUCGUUCACCUACACACCCAUGAAGCGCAGCACCAUCGCCAACACCUGGGUCGGCGCCGUCGUAGGCGCAAUUCCACCGCUCAUGGGCUGGGCCGCUUGCACCGGUACACUCAACACCAGCGCCGAUCUGGGCGGCUGGUCGCUCGCAGCACUCCUCUUCGCGUGGCAGUUUCCGCACUUUAACUCCCUCGCACACACUGUGAGAGCCGAGUACGCAAAGGGUGGGUACCGCAUGAUGGCCGUCACCGACCCGGCGCUGAACAGGAGGGUGUCGUUGAGGUACGCCGUUGCGAUGUUGCCGAUCUGCACGCUCAUGAUGCCACUCAGUGGCGUCGUCAGCCCGGUUCUGUAUGCGGUGCUCAGCACACCAUUGAACCUGUUGAUGGCACAUGCGGCGUGGAAGUUUUACAGACAACGAACGGUCAAGUCUGCACGAUGGUGCUUCUGGGUCAGCCUCAUCCAUCUGCCAGCUGUGAUGCUGCUAGCGAUGGGUUGCAAGCCUGAAGUGUGGGACGGGUUGUACCGCUUCUUCGGAUGGUCCACGGAAGAAGAGACCGAAGGGAGACUCGUCUGA